AUAUUAUUAUACAUUUUUAGUAUGUUAGCAGAGCGUGAUUGUGACGUAUAUUAUUCCAUAGAACAAUAUAGUAUUAAAAAAAAACUGUAUUUCUUGUAGUAUUUGUGGAGAGAUAAUACAUGGAACAGCGAUUAAAUAUAUCUUAAUAAUUAAUAUAGGUACCUACUUCAAUAUUGUUGUAUGAUAAUUGAUAGUAUGAUUUCAAGCAUGAAAAUAAUUGCACAAUGACACCCAGUACCGUCCAGCCUACAACUCAUUAUAGACAUUAAAAAAGAGAUAAGACAGAUAAGUAAACGCCUUAAUGCCUUAUAUUAGUAUUGAGGACCUAAUUUAAUCAAUUUAUAUUUAAAUAGGCACAUUGAUGAAUUAAAUUAAUGCUAAAACUGUGAACUGUGAAGUACAGUAAUUUAUAGAAAAUAGGAAUAGAAAGACAAUAUCCAGUUAUCAGCUAUAUGCAAGUCAAUCAAAAAUGUAAUUUUGUCAAUCUAGUUAGAACAUAUACAUUUCAUAAUUAAACCCAAGUUGGAUUCUGAAGUAAAACCAAAUACAAUAACUGUGCAUCUGCUAUAAUGGAAAAGGAAUUCCCUGAUACCCCAGACAUACAGUCAGAGUGCAAUGACAGAGAGCACUACAAGUUGACAAGAGUACAACCUGAAACGACCAAUAAGAAGUUUAAACUGAUCAUAGUGGGUCACUCAAAUGUUGGAAAAAGUACUAUAAUAAAUCAUUUCUGCAGUAGUGUAUACCAAGAUACUGCACCAACCGCAGGUAUGGACUUUCAAGAAAUAUUUGUCAGAUUUGAAAACGAAACCAUCCUCUUAAAUAUUUGGGACACGAGUGGGACAGAAAAGCAUCGCUCUUUAGCUCAAUCAUAUUAUGGAGGAGCUCAUGGUGUGUUUAUAGUCUAUGAUAUAACAGAUUUAAAGUCUUUGUAUAAACUAGAUGGGUGGAUAAAAGAUAUUGAAAAAUUUUCUGAUGUAGAUAUUGUGAAAAUUUUGAUUGGUAACAAAUGUGAUGAUAAAAUAAACAGAGAGAUAUCAAUCAAAGAAGGACAAGAAAUAGCAGAAGUGUAUGGAAUUCCAUUUUUUGAAGUGUCUUCUAAAAGCAAUAUAAACAUAGACAAAUUGCUGUAUACAAUGAUUUCUGACUGUAUUAAAAAAGAGCACUACAAAUUGAUAAGAGUGCAACCUGAUCAGAAUACAAUAUAUAAGAAGUAUAAACUGAUAAUUGUUGGUCACUCAAAUGUUGGGAAAAGUAGUAUAAUUCAUCGUCUUGUCAAAGAUGUUUACAAAGAUACUUUAAAAACCACUAUAUGUAUCGACUUCCAUAAAAUAUUUGUUAGAUUUGAGAACGAAACCAUCGAACUAAAUAUUUGGGACACUGCUGGGACAGAAAGGUAUCGCUCUUUAGCUCAUUCAUACUAUAGAGGAGCUCAGGGUGUAUUUAUUGUAUAUGAUAUUACAGAUUUAAAUUCUUCAUUUAAACUAGAUGAUUGGAUAAAAGAUAUUGAAAAUUUUUCCGAUUUAAAUGCAGUAAAAAUUUUAAUUGGUAAUAAAUGUGACGAUAAAUCAAACAGAGCAAUCUCAAUCAAAGAAGGGCAGAAAAUAGCAGAACUGUUUGGAACUCUAUUUUUUGAAACGUCUUCCAAAACCAAUGUGAAUAUAGACAAAUUAUUGUAUACAAUGAUUUCAAAAAUACACGAACUAGAGGUUGGAGAUCAACAAACAGCAGAUGAAGACUUGAUAAUAGUGGUAAAUUCUAAAUACAUGUACAUAAUGUAUUUUAUAAAUUAAAUAUUAUUGUCCAUGCAUAUUACAUGUAUCAUGUAAAUAUAGAAUUCAUUUUCCAUAUUUUACAAACUAUUUGUAUCCAGUUCUAAACUAAUGUUGUAUACAAUUCCUUUAAUCGAUAUAUAUCAACAGUUGAUAAUUUAGUAUCAUACAUUAUACAGAAAUUAAAAAAAAUAAUUAUUAUUAUUUAAAAUAUUCUAUUGAAUUGUAUAGUAUUGUUUAUUUAAUAUUGUACCUACUAAUUACUAUGUAGUAUCAAGUAUGUACUAUUACUAAAUACUACGUCUAUACCUAGCCUACAGCUUAUUAGUUUAUAUACUUAAGGCGGAAAUGGCGAUGAAGAAACAUAUCGGCUAUUUUAUAAACUAAACAAGAUAACUGAUAUAUUAUUUAUUUAAUCGAAUACGAUAUGUAAAUUUAUUUUGUUAAAGUAUCUUUAUCUUUGUUAUUUGUACCCGCAUAAUUCAUACUCCAUCAAUACAUAAUAAUAUAAUAUAUCACUUAUAAACAAUAUAGUUAAUAGUUAUACUGUUAUGGAAAUAAGCUACCUUUAUACAACGUAUAACGGUCUAAUGUCUCACAUAUUGUUAUCGAAAAUAAAAUAUUAUGGUUUAGUGUUAUUUUAACAGGUUAUAUAAUCAUAUUUUAGUACAU